AUGCUCUUUACCACCAUCCUUGCUACCGCUGUCCUGGCCAUAGGCGUCACCGCCGAGCCUCAAAAUGAUGACCUGCCCUUCAAUGUCAUCGGAUCCCGCAUCUGGAGUUCUCCCGAUUGUGGAAACAACGAGAACAUUGGCAAUCUUGGCGAAUUGACCACACACCGCGACGAGCUCAACGAAUGCUUCAAGUUCAGCGACAAGGUCAAAUCUGUUAGCCAGACUGAUCACGCCAAGGGUUGCAAGCGUAAGUACCUUCACUUCCAAAUAGAAUCGUCGACUGACAAGAGACUAGUUUUGGUCUACCAAGACACACAUUGCAGACAUGGAGUCAAGAGCCCUAAAGACUUUCAGUGCCUCAAGGCCCCGACCUAUUUCAACAGUUACAAGACUGUAUGCAAUUAG